CCCCCGGCGGCCGCGCAAGAGUGCGGGAGACGCGGAGCCGGAGGAGGAGGCGCAGCCGCUGCCCCAGCCGCAGCCGCAGCCGGAGCCGGAGCCCGAGCCGCGGGGCGGGCGCGAAGAUGCACACGACCCAGAAGGACACGACGUACACCAAGAUCUUCGUCGGGGGGCUACCCUACCACACCACGGACGCCAGCCUGCGCAAGUACUUCGAGGUCUUCGGCGAGAUCGAGGAGGCGGUGGUCAUCACCGACCGGCAGACGGGCAAGUCCCGGGGCUAUGGAUUUGUCACCAUGGCUGACCGGGCUGCUGCCGAAAGAGCCUGCAAGGAUCCCAACCCCAUCAUUGAUGGCAGGAAGGCCAAUGUGAAUCUGGCAUACUUGGGAGCAAAACCAAGGAUCAUGCAACCAGGUUUUGCCUUUGGUGUUCAACAGCUUCAUCCAGCCCUUAUACAAAGACCUUUUGGGAUACCUGCCCACUAUGUCUAUCCGCAGGCUUUUGUGCAGCCUGGAGUGGUCAUCCCGCACGUCCAGCCGACCGCAGCGGCCGCCUCCACCGCACCUUACAUUGACUACACGGGAGCCGCGUACGCACAGUACUCGGCGGCCGCCGCAGCGGCCGCCGCCGCCGCCGCCUACGACCAGUACCCGUACGCAGCCUCCCCGGCUGCCGCUGGCUACGUCACGGCCGGGGGCUACGGCUACGCGGUGCAGCAGCCAAUCACCGCCGCCGCACCUGGGACCGCGGCCGCCGCCGCCGCCGCAGCUGCCGCCGCCGCUGCCUUUGGCCAGUAUCAGCCUCAGCAGCUGCAAACAGAUCGGAUGCAAUAGGCCAGAACCUGAUCAAAGUCGAAUUGUUUCCUCUUUCCCUCCCGAUUUCCCAAUUUUCAGUAGCUAAUAAGAGUUAACAUUGACUUAACAGCUUUAAAAAAAAAAAAAAAAGCUAUGCUAUUGUGAAGCAGAAUUAUGAUGAUUAUUUUUUUUAAUACUCCAGUAGUAGUUCUAGACGUGAAAGAGAUGAGAAUGAGGGGGGGAGUGGGCGCAGUUUUGGAAGUCAAUCCCAAAGAGCCUGAGUAAGUAAAAGGCCGCGACGAAACGGUGGCAGGAGGAACAAUGGAACUUCACUUUUAUAACGGGAUUUUUACUUUUGCUCUUUUUAUAGUAUCAGGGAAGCAAACUGCCUUUUACCAGUUAGAAAAUGCUAUUUGAAUCCAGUUGAACCAGGGAAUACAGAGUGAGCAAUAUGUAGCUUGAAUUACAUUUAAAAGCAGAUUUUUUUAAAAAAAAUGGUGAAAGCACUGAUUGUCAGUUUUAGCAGUCACUACGGCCUAGAGAACUUUUUCAAGAAGGUAAUGUUCUUACUCUCAAAAAUGGGCAUCGAACAAUCAGUCUAGGAGCAUGGCAGUGGGUGAAAUGGUGGACAGGCACCAAAGCUAUUUUCUCAUCUACCCAGUGGAUGAGUGGGACUGUGAAACAAGUGAUGUGGAAUGAAUGGGUGCAACAGCUGUACAGACAAUCAAUAACACACACAGUUCUGGAAAGAACACAUCACUUGUGCUUGUUUGAUGAGCUUGUCACAUUCUAAUCCCUCUCCCCAUCCUGUUUCAAUUUUGGGAAACUUGUAUCUGCUGGUGUCAGCAAUUCUGAUUCUGAAAUAGGAUCAGGCUUUUACUACAACAGCCUUCUCUUUCUAUUUAUUGUGUCGACUCGUGGCUUAAUGAUUAAAGGCGGGCAAAGUUUGCAGACUCUAAACCCUUAAGAACUGUCUUAAGGACAUUUAUUUUUUUCCCUUUUUAAAUAAUUUUACACUUUUUAGUAUCUAUUUCAGAGUCAUAUUUAAAACUAUUUAUUAGUGAAUACAGUACAUGAGACAACAAGGUUACUGAGAUUACAAUUCUUCAACAAUUAAUGAUAAUGUGGUUUAUACUGUGCCUUAAUAGUAAUGCUAUUUAAGAUAUUUAUUUUUAAGUUUUACUAUGCUGCACUCUAAAGAAAGGAACUUUAGAUGUGACACUGUAAAAUUAUGUAUUCAUCUCAUGGCAUAAAUUAUUUAGUAGGUCUAGAUGUAGCAUAUUAAAUAUUAACCUAUUCAACUAAAGAUGUUGACUUGGAUUUAUUUAAAUUCAUAUGUGCACUGUAUAAGAGAGUACUCUUACAUUAACACAUUUUAGUUUAUUUUAGUUUUUAGGGUUUUUUUUUUAAUUUUUAACAGGACCUAUUGCUAGUUUCAUGCUUCCUUCUCUGAUUUUUGCUUGUGUAGCUCUCAUUUAUUGGUACUUCAUUAGUUUAACACUCUUCUUAUGUAGUUUAUGUAGUUUUUAAAUGCUGCUUUACAUUUUUCUUCUGAAACUGCAAUACUUGCAAUUUUUAUUCUUAAAGUAAAUUGAAUACUAUUUUACACUGUAUUGGAUUUUUAUACUUGAACAAUUUCAUACAAGGGAAGACAGGUUAGCAUUUUUAUGGACUUUCUCCAUUAUCACUGGAUUUACUUUAAGUAUUCCCAUACUAGACAGUGUUAUGUAAUGUAGACAUGACUCUCCUGUGCAAAUUAUUUAUUCAUUGUGUAUAUUGCUUUAUAACAUUUCAGAUCUUCUAAUCUAUUCACUUGUAUUAAAUAUAAUUUUUAAAAACUUUUGUUGCAUUGGUUGUUUCUAAUUUUGUUGUAAAAGUGGAAUGAUUUCUCCUUUUAACUAGAAUUAAUGGCUGUGAUUUACAGGUAACAUUUUCAGUGAGCAGAAAGCUUCCCAGAUGCCCUGCUUUUAUACCUUUUAAGUAAAUUUCAUUAACUCAGUAUCUGCGUUACAUUUAGCAAAUGAUAUAGGUCCUCCCCCAAUAGUGAACCCUAAAGGACGAUUCAUGGCAGUGAUACUUGGUUACCUGAAGGUUGCUUGGAAGGAGUGGGCUGUGGAGGGGAACAGUCAACUCGAAGCUGGGGUAGCACAGUGAUGCUGGGAUCAGGUAAACUGAGCUUUGGUGCUAGCCUGUACCAGGUACUAGCAACGUGAAUGGAACACGUUGCUUUUUGUAGUUCACUUUUGGGGUGAGGUUUUUACUGAUUUCUCGUCUAUCAUGUUGGACGGUACUACC